AUGGCCGGGGACCGGCUCCCGAGGAAAGUGAUGGACGCCAAGAAGCUGGCCAGCCUGCUGCGAGGCGGGCCUGGGGGGCCUCUGGUCAUUGACAGCCGCUCCUUUGUGGAGUACAACAGUUGGCACGUGCUGAGCUCCGUCAACAUCUGCUGCUCCAAGCUGGUGAAGCGGCGGCUGCAGCAGGGCAAAGUGACCAUCGCGGAGCUCAUCCAGCCCGCUGUGCGCAGUCAGGUGGAGGCCACGGAACCACAGGACGUGGUGGUCUAUGACCAGAGCACUCGGGACGCCAGUGUGCUGGCAGCAGACAGCUUCCUGUCCAUCCUGCUCAGCAAGCUGGACGGCUGCUUCGACAGUGUGGCCAUCCUCACAGGCGGGUUUGCCACCUUCUCCUCCUGCUUCCCUGGCCUCUGCGAGGGCAAGCCUGCCACCCUGCUGCCCAUGAGCCUCUCCCAGCCCUGCCUGCCUGUGCCCAGUGUGGGCCUGACCCGCAUCCUGCCUCACCUCUACCUGGGCUCUCAGAAAGACGUCCUAAAUAAGGAUCUGAUGACCCAAAAUGGAAUAAGCUAUGUCCUCAAUGCCAGCAACUCCUGCCCCAAGCCAGACUUCAUCUGCGAGAGCCACUUCCUGCGCAUCCCCAUCAAUGACAACUACUGCGAGAAGCUGCUGCCCUGGCUGGACAAGUCCAUCGAGUUCAUUGAUAAAGCCAAGCUGUCCAGCUGCCAAGUCAUCGUCCACUGUCUGGCUGGCAUCUCCCGCUCUGCCACCAUCGCCAUCGCCUAUAUCAUGAAGACCAUGGGCAUGUCCUCUGAUGACGCCUACAGGUUUGUGAAGGACCGUCGCCCAUCCAUCUCGCCCAACUUCAACUUCCUGGGCCAGCUGCUGGAGUAUGAGCGGAGCCUGAAGCUACUGGCUGCCCUGCAGGGUGAUGCGACCCACCCUGGGACCCCUGAAUCCCUCCCAGGCCCUGCGGCAGGGGUCCCACUGCCCCGGCUGCCACCACCUACCUCAGAGAGCGCUGCGACGGGGAACGCAGCGACUACCGCAGCCAGGGAGGGCAGCCCAAGCACCGGUGGGGAGGCCCCAGUGCCCAUGGCCCGGGCUACCAGCGCACUACAGCAGGGCCUCCAUGGCCUACACCUCUCCUCCGACCGCCUCCAAGAUACCAACCGCCUCAAGCGUUCCUUCUCGCUGGACAUCAAGUCCGCCUACGCCCCCAGCCGGCGGCCAGAUUGCCCGGGCCCGCCUGACCCUGGAGAGGCCCCUAAGCUCUGUAAGCUGGACAGCCCGUCGGGGGGUACGCUGGGUCUCCCCUCGCCCAGCCCCGACAGCCCGGACCCAGCACCCGAGGCGCGCCCACGUCCCCGCCGGCGGCCCCGGCCUCCCGCUGGCUCUCCUGCGCGCUCCCCAGCCCAUGGCCUCGGCCUGAACUUUGGCGAUGCAGCCAGGCAGACUCCGCGGCAUGGCCUCUCAGCCCUGUCGGCUGGACUGCCCGGACCAGGCCAGCCGGCUGGCGCAGGAACCUGGGCGCCUCCCCUGGAUUCCCCAGGCACUCCGUCCCCAGACGGGCCCUGGUGCUUCAGCCCCGAGGGCGCGCAGGGGGCGGGUGGCACGCGGUUCUCAGCCUUCGGCCGGGCUGCUGUACCAGGACCAGGCAGUGACCUGCGGCGGCGGGAGGCGGCCCGGGCUGAGCCCCGGGAAGCGCGGACCGGCUGGCCCGAUGAGCCGGCCCCCGACACGCAGUUCAAGCGGCGCAGCUGUCAGAUGGAGUUCGAGGAGGGCAUGGUGGAGGGGCGCGCGCGCGGCGAGGACCUGGCCGGUCUGGGCAAGCAGGCCAGCUUCUCCGGAAGCGUGGAGGUCAUCGAGGUGUCUUGACCCCUCCGUGGGGUCUCCGCGCCCCUCUGCUGUCUUCAGCA